AUGUCUGAGCUACCCGCCACUCUCGGCCGGGGCGUGUCCCUGCGAAGCGACUCGGGCCACACAUACACCAUCAAAGACACACUUGUGGCCAGGCCCAAACCAUUCUCCAGUGUGUUCCUAGCAGAGAGCGAGGGCAAACAGUUCGUCAUCAAGGAUUCCCUCGGGUCAGAGGCAGACCUGAGAUACCGCGCCAAUGUUCACGAUCGUGUGGCCGACUCGCCCCACGUGAGGGCUCGAAUCGAUACCAUCACUGGCGAGAGUGCGUUUGUAAUGCCGUACAUGGAUGACGAUCUUUUGCAGAUGGCGGGAAACAACCUCUUCAAGGAUGUGCGCAAGAACGUCCUGAGACAAGCCCUGUGCGGGCUCAGAGACCUUCACGACAAGGACCUCGCACAUAAUGACGUCAAGCCGAACAACAUUUUCGUCGAUUAUCAGCUGAACCCUGAUCGCCAGGUUCUGCUCAAGAGCGUGAAAAUAGGCGAUUUAGAGGAGGCUGUCGUUAUUCCACCCGGCAACUGGCUUAGAGGGCCUCAAUGCGGGAACAAGAAUUGGCGGAGUCCAGAGGCUUGGGCGAGGGCCGGCCAGAACCAGGCCUCUGAUAUCUACUCCUUCGCCGUUAUAAUGAUCUACGUGAUGCAUCACGUCAUGGUGUUUUAUGAGGAGGGAGACAAUCUCCUUGACGAGGACCAAGUAUGGAGACGCAUUCUCUGGCAGCACGUCUGCGUGUUCGGCGACCGGGAAGCGUACGCCGGAUAUCUGGAACACGUUACCAAGACCCAACCGGAGUUCGCAGCCCAGCUUGACGAAAUGGUGCAAGAGAAGCUCAAAGAAGGAUUGUUCCCUCCGUUCCGUUUGUACGACUUCAUCGAGCCCGAGUUCCGGGAUCUCGUGGGUCAAAUGACCAACUUGAAUCCGCUCAACAGGAUCACUGCGAAGGAGGCUCUGCAGCAUGUUUGGUUCACUGAGGGAGAUGAAGCGGAGAAAGCUUGA